GUUUCGAUUUCCCGGUUUGAAAGUACUGUACUGCGAGGAGGAAAAUAAAAGAAGCGAUAAAGUAAUAAGUGAAGCCUUUGUGUGAAUACGUGAUGAAAUGUGACACAGCUGUCAUAAAAAAACACAAAAGUGUCACUGUAGGCAUUUGCUGCGAUAGCCGCCCCCGCGUACUUUUAAGCAGUGCUGAGUCGCGAAGUCCUGUCAAUGAGUUGAAGUGCAGACCCUUGCCUUUCUUUUGCUUUUUUCGAUUUUAGCACACAAAGUUGUGUGUUUAUUUAACUCAUUUGUUAAGCUGAUUAUUUGCCAAGUUCAUCUGGGCGCUCGCGUGCAAGUCGGGGUGAGGAGGCGAUCGCUCCGGAUGUCCGCUUUAAAUUCGGAAGGAUUGCGCAGCGCUCGUCUCGAGCCGUGCCCGGAGGUGCCGCUCGUCUUCCCCCUUCACUUGAACGUCGCAACCGGGGCAGCGGGGUUUGUCGCGCAGUAACCGAUGGAUGAAUCAAAAAUAAAUAAUAAUAAACGAAAACAACAAAUCCGAGGGAGUGUCGCGCUUGAACGGCGGCACGCAGCGCUUUGAGAGAAAGUAUCGGAGCGGCACAGCAGUCAGCCCGAUUCCUUUGGACGAUGAACAGCGGUGAAGAUUUUCAUGAAGGUGUAACACAAUCCAACACGAGCAUUUUUGUGGGUUGAAUGGGCAAAUAAAGCCUGAAGUGAGGUUCCCGGAGUGCUACACAUUAAUCCAGCUUUGAUUAUCUCCAAAAUAUUUAAAGAACAUAACCAACUGGACAAGCUUAUGAAGGCUCAGAUAUUUUAUACUUCAGCCUUGGAGGCGCAGGAUGAUUGUCCCGUACUUGGCCGUCGUUCUUGUGGGCAUCGCUGUGGCCACGGAAGCGUCUUCUGUAUCCAUCCAGUGUCUUUGGCAGCUCUCCUUCCAGAUGGGCAGGACCAUAAACCGCACCUGUGCCAUGUCCACUCCGCUGCCCCCCGGCUGCACUGAAGCGUCUCUGCAACUCCAUGCUGGUUCCUCCAGCGUCACCACGGACUUCACUCGAGAGAAGAGCAGCAUCUCCUUCACUAGGCCUUCACUGCUUCAAGUCUUGGGCUGUGUGAUGAUCUGCCAUGGACUGACUUCUCGGCCCCAUUGUGACGUUACUGUCACCCGGCGCUAUUCGGUGUCAAAUCUUCGGUGUUUCUUCACGAAGGAGCUUCAGUGCUCUUGGGAGUACAGCCCUGGCACGCCAGACGAUACCAACUUUACAUUUCACCUUAACAGCAGAUACGAGUGGUCCCUGAAUAUAACUGCACGGAAUACCAGCGUCACGGUCCAGCGAUUCCAUUACAUUAUUUACCACAAUGUGCAAGUCUGGCUCAGCACCUCAGAUGCUGCAGAAGAGUACAGUUCAGAAAUAUUCAGCUUCGACACUUCAAGAAUCGACAAGUUACCGCCUCCAAACAUUACAGAGAUGGACGCCGAGCAUUCCCUGAUAUCAGUUCUUUGGUAUUUCCCUUGUAACGAAGUGCAGGAGAGAAACUGCCGGCUGCGCUACCGAGCCGAUGGUGACAGCUGGACCGAGGUUGAUGGGGAGGAUGUGGGGAUCGAGUACAAUCUCGAAGACCCCCAGCCUUACACGCUUUACUGGUUCCAAGUCCGAUGCACCUGCAAUGGAAACGUGUGGAGUGACUGGAGUGAAGCCUCAUCUGUGCGCAGCAUGGAGGAGUCACCAGUCGGACCCCUUGAUGUGUUCAUUGAUCUGACAGACAGCCCUGCUCUCGUCUGGAAGACGCUACCGAUGAAUCAAGCCAGAGGGAAAAUACUGGGGUAUGUGGUACGUUUUACGGGCACAGAUGGCAUCAAUGUGAUCAUCAACAGCACCAUGGAGGACUUCAACUGCUCCUCAGAGAAGGAGGAAGAACAGCAGAGAUGGAAUAGUCGUCAAAUUUGCAACGUCCCCUUUCCGGAAAACUGGACGGGCACGGCCAGCAUCAUUGCAUUCAGUGCAGCUGGGAAAACGAAACCCACCGAACUUCUUUUCACUGGCCUCGACCCUUUGGCUCCUGCGGAUCUGCGAGUACAUGUGGUGGACACUCCACAGGGAAAGGGCUUCACUUUGUCUUGGCGUCCCCCACCGGCUGUCCCAUCGAGAUUCUUACAGGAGUAUCUGGUGCAGAGCAGACAGCUGGCCAAAGGUCAGUGCAGCAGUCUGGAGUGGAAGAGGCUGAACAUGAACAGCACCUCCACCACCUUGAACGGUGACUUUAAGCCCUUUGUUCCAUAUGUGGUGUCUGUCUUUGCCGUGUACACUGAGGGGAUCAGCCAUCCGGCUUCUUGUCUGGCCUACGCAGACGAGGCAGCCCCCUCAGCUGGUCCCCCGCUGUCUUCCUUCAGUGUCACCACCUCCACUAUCAACGUGAGUUGGGAGGAAAUUCCACUGAUCCACCGGAAAGGUUUUAUCCACGUCUACCGUCUGGCCUGGGGAAAAGUGCAACUGGGCAUCACUCCUGUGAGGGAGCACAUGGUCAACGUCAGCCAGAGGUGGUAUGUCAUCAAAGAUCUAAACCCAAAGGAAAAGUACCAGAUCUGGGUGUGUGGCAUCACAAAUGGACAGGAGGGCAAGUGCAGCACGAGGACACACAUCAUGAUAGGGGAUGCCUUUAACCAAGGCCUGCUGGGGUUAUUUGCAUUCAUGUUUCUUGUCUUCAUCAUGCUCAUAGUGGCAAUGACCUUUCAUCAGAAAAUUCGGGAGUGGGCUUGUCCGUUGAUUCCUGUGUGGUGCUACCAGAAAGUCCCAAAACCAGUCAACUGCCAGCCAGACUUGGAGGAUGACAGUCAUCAUCACAUAAAUUUCAUGUCCACAGCUUUGGGAUCUUCUUUGGGAAAUAUCCUGACUGACCUGGAAGUUGUUGAGAGGCCCGUGACUACUGAAGACCCCACUCUCUCGGAGACGGCAGAGGAGGAGGAUGAUGAGUUGCACAAGGACUACAGUAUGAUGAACAAUUCAGACUUUGUCCCAAUUUCACAGCUGCCAGAGGAGGAGGCUAUGGACUGCGAUUGGAAGCCUGUCAUAUCAGGAUAUGAGAAACACUUCAUGCCAUCUCCCGAUGAAAUUUAGCACCGGGGGGGUCACACUUUGAUUAGGGGGGGUUCCUGUUUGAGUUCUGGAGUUCGUCUUCAGGAAGCUCAUUUCUUAAUGUGAGUGUCUACCUCAUGCAGAGAUUCUUCAGUGUGCAGUUGGCAGCCCUAACUGAGACUGCUGAGGUGAAUGCAACACACAGGGUGAGAGGAAGACCUCGGUUCAAAUCGGGGUGGGGUGGGGGGGUCCUCCUAAGGCUAUACAGAGUUAUAGUACUCCUACACCAGAGGGGGAAAGACAUGGUCUGUAUAAACGGAGUGACAGGAGUGCCCCCUACUCAUCGGGGCUUCUCCAUGUUACAGCAGGAUGCAAAAGGUUAGCCAGGGGCAAUCAGAAGUCUAUCAAAAGUUUGGUUGUGGAUAAAUAAACCAAGAGGCAUGGCACACGGCCUGACCAACAGAAAAAGAAGAUGUGGGGAGUGGUGAUGGCCAUUGCAGCUUUUUAAGUAUUUAUGUAAAAGGAUGAUGAUAAGGGAAAGGGAAACCAGAACAGACCUUGCCCAACUUGAGCAGAACUUUAGCAUUUAGCAUCUCGCAGACAAUUGAACUGCCAUUAUUAUAUGUUGGGUGGCACCUACCAACUCGGUCAAAACCUUUUGGUGUUUACAAAAACAUUUACAUUUUAUGGAAGUCCAACGACAAAAAACAAAUUAAACGUGAAGUAUUUUUGCUUUGUGCCCCUGUCCCUCACCAUAACCUAUCGUCUAUGGCUGAGGAGUGAAAGCUUUAGAUUAGUCAAAAAUUUCAAUCUCCGGUUUUCAAUGGAUCUCGACAUUUUAGGGUCCCCACCAGAGGACUUUUAGCCUGCUUCGUGAGCCCCUGAGUUUUUUUUUUCAAAUGGGUGUAAAAACAGGAGAAAGUCUUUGAAGGAUGUAAAUUCACUAAUUGAAAGUUACGAGAUACAUUCUGAACCAAUCCGAGUGCCAAAAAAAAAAAAAGUAGGUGCUGUUAGCAGGAGUCUGUCAGGUGUGAGCAUUCUGUAUUUCAAUUCACAUUGACCAAUCGGGCACGAGUCUUCAGAGGGCGACUGGAAGACAAGGACGCAGUCACAAAAAUGAACCAGGGGGACAACUAAACGAAACCUCUAAGCCAGUGUUUUUCGACCGGGGUUCCAAGGAACCCAAGGUUUCCGUGAGUGCUAGCCAAGGGUUCCGCCGAAAAAGUCCUAAUGAUAUAGGAUAUACUGGUGGAUAAUUGCACAGGGUUCCGUGAGCAAGGUAACCAUUCGCACAGGGUUCCACUCCAACGAAAAGGUUGAAAAACAGUGCUCAAAGCCAUGAAUCGCCAAGUCAGGGGGAGUGCAGGGAAUCCAAAAACCAGAGAAACAAAACAAAGAGAACUUUUCGAAAAGGUUUGAAGGAUCUGGGGGUCUGUGUAGUCAGAUAGGGAAGCAUACCCAUGGAUGACCUUCUACCCCAGGGGUACCCAACUUUGGGGUUUACAUUUCGCCUACUCGGGUUAAAUUUGCUUAAAAAAAUGCUAAAGUCACGAAGAUCUCAAUUGGUUUCCAAAGAUGACAUGAGACUUGCUCUUUCAACAACUGUGUCAGGAAUAUCCAAAAUUGUACGUGAAAAGCAAGAACAAAGGCCUGUUGGAAUGAUGAGUUCUCAUCGACUCAAUGUGUUUAGAUCUGGUGUAAUGGUUUCUGCUCAUCGUUACCUGUUUUUAAAUAUAUAGAAAGGCAUUAUUAUUAUGUGUGAUGAUUAUUGUUACUGUCAUUUGAA